AUGUAUCCGCCAAUGCAAUGGAUCACCGUCGCAUCAAGUGCACGAUCGGAUCCACCGAAUAGAGUGUGCUGUCGUGUUUCCUCUCUGACUUUUGCCAUACCACAGAAUGGGACCCGACUCGGCCCAUCGACAGGAUCGACCAUCGGGGACUGUUUCAGAGUGCUGAUACAAUCUCACGUUCUUUAUCUUGCAAGCUUUGUUGGUGCCUCUUGCCUCCAUCUUGCUGUUCUCUCUCCAGAAAUCUCGAAUUCAAUUUCUACUGAAGCUCAGAUGCUCGGAGGUGUCCUUCAAAUUUUAUCGGUCGUGCAGAUGUUUGUGCUGGGACCACGCCUCAUUCUUAGCAUUCGAGAAUGCCACGUCAAACUCGUGACGCAGAAACCAGCAUGAAUUCGAU